GUGGGGGUGUGUGUAUCCCCGUCGUGUGUCCCGGCGGAAGAGUGAAGGGAGUCGUCUGAACAGCAACAUCUUACAGCAAAGGGAAAAUAAGACGGCGCGACUAGCGCUGGAGAACCGGAGACACGCCAGUCACCACGGAUUCAUCCGUAGCCAACGCGGCGGCCGGGGCGCAGCCACCAUCGCUGCCUCCGCCGCCGCUGCCUCCAUUGAGGAUGUCGCGCAGAAAGAGAAAUGCAGGAAGCAGUUCAGAUGGAACAGAAGACUCGGAUUUCUCUACAGAUCCAGAGCAUACAGACAGUUCAGAAAGUGAUGGUACAUUACGCCAGUCUGCCCGUGUGACACGAUCUUCUGCUAGGCUCAGCCAGAGUUCUCAAGAUUCCAGCCCAGUUCGCAAUCCACCAUCAUUUGCAGUAGAAGACCCUGUUUAUUCUACUCGAAGAAUAACCCGCAGUCAACAGCAGCCUACUCCUGUAACUCCAAAGAAAUAUCCUCUGCGACAAACACGUUCAUCUGGUUCUGAAACAGAGCAAGUGGUUGAUUUUUCUGAUAGAGACACAAAAAAUGCAGCUGACCAUGAUGAGUCUCCACCCCGCACUCCAACUGGGAAUGCUCCUUCUUCAGAAUCUGAUAUUGAUAUCUCUAGUCCCAACAUGUCACACGAUGAAAGUAUUGCCAAGGAUAUGUCCAUGAAAGAUUCAGGGAGUGAUUUAUCUCAUCGUCCCAAAAGACGACGUUUCCACGAAAGCUAUAAUUUUAACAUGAAAUGUCCCACCCCUGGCUGCAAUUCAUUAGGACACCUGACCGGAAAACAUGAGCGACACUUUUCUAUAUCUGGAUGUCCUCUAUAUCAUAAUCUUUCAGCUGAUGAAUGCAAGGUGAGAGCUCAAAGCCGAGACAAACAAGUGGAAGACCGGAUGCUUUCUCAUCGACAGGAUGACAACAAUAGACAUGCUACCAGGCAUCAGGCACCAACUGAAAGACAAUUGAGAUAUAAGGAGAAGGUUGCAGAGAUGAGAAAGAAGAGGAAUGCAAGCUUAACUAAGGAGCAAAAGGAAAAAUGCAUGGAGCACAGACAAACCUAUGGUAACACAAGAGAGCCCCUUUUAGAGAAUCUGACCAGUGAGUAUGACCUAGAACUAUUCCGAAGAGCACAAGCAAGAGCUUCUGAAGAUCUAGAAAAGCUGCGACUUCAGGGCCAAAUCACUGAAGGUAGUAACAUGAUCAAAACUAUUGCUUUUGGCCGCUAUGAACUGGACACCUGGUACCAUUCUCCCUACCCAGAGGAGUAUGCCCGGCUUGGGCGACUCUAUAUGUGUGAAUUCUGCCUCAAGUAUAUGAAGAGUCAGACAAUACUUCGUAGACACAUGGCAAAAUGUGUCUGGAAACAUCCUCCAGGGGAUGAAAUUUAUCGCAAAGGUUCAAUCUCAGUAUUUGAAGUAGAUGGGAAAAAGAACAAGAUAUAUUGCCAAAACUUGUGCCUCCUGGCAAAACUAUUCUUGGACCAUAAGACUUUGUAUUAUGAUGUUGAACCAUUUCUUUUCUAUGUCAUGACAGAAGCUGAUAACACAGGAUGCCACCUAAUAGGUUAUUUUUCUAAGGAAAAGAACUCAUUUCUCAACUAUAAUGUUUCUUGCAUCCUGACAAUGCCUCAGUACAUGAGGCAGGGUUAUGGCAAAAUGCUUAUUGAUUUCAGCUAUUUACUCUCCAAAGUGGAAGAGAAAGUUGGCUCUCCAGAAAGGCCUCUCUCAGACUUGGGACUUAUCAGCUACCGUAGUUACUGGAAGGAGGUUCUUCUCCGUUAUCUGCAUAAUUUUCAAGGCAAAGAAAUCUCCAUCAAAGAGAUCAGCCAAGAGACAGCUGUCAAUCCUGUUGACAUUGUUAGCACCCUGCAAGCCCUUCAGAUGCUCAAGUACUGGAAAGGCAAACACCUGGUCCUAAAAAGACAAGAUCUUAUUGAUGAAUGGAUAGCCAAAGAGGCCAAAAGGUGCAACAGCAAUAAAAUCAUGGAUCCCAGCUGUUUGAAAUGGACCCCUCCCAAAGGCACUUAAUUAACCAGUCUCUCCAAGAAGUGUGAACAUCCCAUUCAUGUGCUGCCAUCAUCACCACUGUGGGUACUUUUUCUUUUCCCAGGACUAGAUUCUUCCAGAUCUUGGACAUGUGACUGUUCUUGGUACCAACUCUUCCCUUUCAGAUAUUUCUUCAGUGUUUUACUUUUUAUAGAACAUUUUUGACCAGAUACCUUGUCUAUAAGGCAAGAUGGAAAAGAUGAGAGUUCUGGACAAUAUUAACAUGGUUUCAAGAAAAUGCUGUAGGAUUUAGUUGCUCCUCCAUCAGUUAUUUGCUCCUAGCACAAAAACUUGUUUGCUCCUCACAUUUUUAGUUUUAUAACUUCUGUUUAGCCCUCUGAGAUGUAGUUCACCUAUGCAAUAUAGUGGAAUUGCAAAUGUGAUGGAAAGGAUCAUAUUGCUUCAUUUUAAUGAUGGGGAAGAGAAAGAGAAGAGAAGAGAAAAAUCAAAGCUAGUGGGGAUAGGGACAGACAUUCUCAUUAGUCCCAUUUCUAUACUAGCUUUCAUCUGCACGUUUUUGAUAGAUGAAAGAGCACUAAAAAAGCCCCCAACAAUCCUGUGCCUGUGUUCUGAAAUACUCCAAUCUAUCCUAUUCACCUUACAUUUCCCUGCCAUUCUGCUGCAUGUGUAUAUACAGUCUAAAUGUAUGUCCGUGAGACUAUUUCCUAACAUGUUGACAAGGUACAAGUAAGAAAUGAUCCGGUGCUUCCUGGGAUCCUGAACUGCUUCUGGAUGUGCAAAUUUCUCACAUUUAUUUGCAGAACCUAAAACUUUCUUGAUCUUGGCACCUAUGUCUUCCAACAUUGCCAUCAAAAUAUUUUCCCCAGUUCAAUCCACCAAAAGAGCUGAUGGUAAGGAAGCUCCAAACUGACUUUGGUUUCUGAGAAUAGUAAUGGUUUUAUAAUUCUGGAUACAGGGUAUCAGAAGCAAUUAGUCAGCCCUCUAUGAAUUGGAUUUUGUAACCGGGUUAGUCAGAUCCCCGAGUGGGAGAUAUCAGGGAAGAAAGAUACCACAUUACCUGUUUUUGAUUGCAUGAAUGGAAAGACAAAAAUCAUUCAAUCCACUGUAAUUUUGGACAAGUGACCCUGAUGGCAGUUUUUGAAUAGGCUCUGACUGCUAAUAUACUUCAAGAGUCAAUUUAAUUAACUUUGUAGGGAAAAAAUUGCAAGAUCAACAUUUGAGCCUUGGCAUAGCGUUGUCUCUCUAAUUUGGCAUGCCUCAUCAUUUUGGAUUACCUGCUUCAAGCUCCUGUGCUUGAAGCCCAAGAAUAUGCAUAGAAACACAUUUCAUCAGCUGGUGGGGGAACAUUGCUCUUUUUGGCAGUUAUUUCUUUGCAGUACAUUGCUAUAUGCAUUUGGCAGUUUUGUGAUUUAUUAUUCAAUUUGUGAAGCUGCUGGAUAUACUAAUGCCAGGCUUCAGGGCAAUUCACUGCAGCUGACUGAAUGUAGUCUUCAUGAUGGCUUGUAUUUUUUUGGCCCUACAUUGGCAAUUUGCAGAUUUUCCCUGACAUUGAGACUGCCUUGGUCUGAUAAUUUUCUUAUUCUUUUUUAAAGCAGUCUGUGAGAAGAUUGACAGCUUCAGAUAUGUUGCUCCAUAAAUGGUUAAGAGUUGGCUCAGAAGCCACUGAGGGAAGGUGGGCAGUUAUGGCUAUGUUUAAAUUAAUUUUUAAUGUUCUACAAAUGAAAAGUCUAUUAUACAAGAUUACCCAAAAUAAAUUUUAACCUCAUUUUAGGAUUUGAUACCUGAAAGUUUAUCAUAAUAUGACUCUAUAUUAUGACAAAUUAAAACUGUCCCAAUUUUAAUUAACAUUGUGACAAAUUAAAAAUAAAACUUCAAAAACAACUGUAAUAGACCUCCUUCAUUGGUUCCAUAGUAAGCAUGCCCAUUUCAAAUGAGAAUUUUUAAAUCAUCUUUUAAAUAAAGUCUUUGAUUCAAGGGAAUCCUCUACCAGGAAUAAGUAAUACCUACUUGUAACGGCUGGGAAGAUAGGAGUCGGAGUAUUUUGUCUGAUGAAUGGAAAUUUAUAAAUUGUUAAGAAUAAAACUCUUGACUAGUAUAAGUCGGUGAUUUGGUUUUUCCUGACAUGGUGGACUAUGAAAGAGACAGUAUGUUUUAUUUGUUUAGGGGCUGCAGAAAAAUGGACGUUGUAUUCUGCACUCUUAAUUGCAGUUUCCACAAAAGGAGGAGUGUUGCUUUUAAUGGUAAGAUUAGGUGAUGUAUAUGAAGGAUCCUGAAGAUACAAUUAUCCAUACAACUAUGCCUUUCAUUCCUGCCUAGCAUGCAAUUUUCAGUAGUAGACACCUGCAUGACAUACAAUCUGUUUUCAACUAAACAUGUUUUUUAAAAAUGUCCUUUCAUCUCCCAUCUUGAAAAAACAAAUAGACUUGUUCAAUCUCCACCAAGGAUUUUUAGAUAAGAAUUCCUAUCCGUUGGUUCUUGUGUUUGGUUCUGCCUUUUUAUUGCCAUCUUCAGUCUGCAGGAUUGCUAUUUCUGAACAUUGUCUGGCAAUUGUUCUCAGCUUCUAGAUUAUUGCAAAAAAUGGGGUAAUACUCUUUUUUGUGACAAAGGGAGGCUGCUUGUUCCUGUACAGAAGCAAAACUGUUUUCCUGGAUAUUUUAGAAUAUGCUAUCAAUGUAUCAACUUCUCAAUAAAGCAUGU